AUGACUGUUACUCUAGAAAGAAUUUUCGAUGGCGAUAAUAGACUACGCAAAACUCAAGAAUUUUUGGGAAUUUGGAAAAAAAAGAAAUCGCAGCCGUGGAUGAAAAACCUAGUCAUUGAAUAUGAACGCCUUAAGAAUGAAUAUCAAAUGUUGAACAUGAAAUAUGAAUCAUCAGAAGGUAUCAUCAGAGCACCCAAUACAACUGUUGAAACUCAAUCAAGUUUCAUUGACAACUUAAAACGUCAGUCAACAAUUCAUCAACACCCAACACCUCGUAUCAAUUCCCUUACGAGUGAUAGUUCAUCAAAUCACAAUGACGAUGAAAACAACAAUCGUCAGUCUUCAUUAUUAAUUAUUCAACAGUCUUUUAAUAAAUAUGCAGUUGAUCAGACUGUGUAUUUAUUAAUUAUUCAACUCAAAUAA